CGAGUCUGGGGCACAUGUGGCGCCUCGCUCGUUCCGCGAUCCCGCGCCGCCACUUGACAUCGUCGGCAAAGUUGCCCGCCUUCGUCUUUAACUCAGCCACCGAGUACUACAACUACUUGAACGAGCAUCACAGCCGCCUUCCCUGGGGCUUCUCCGUCGGCACGACUACGUUCAAGUUCGUCCCACAGGAGGCACCGCACCUUCCGGCGCAAAUGACCCUGACCUUGAUCAAGCCGCACAAACCCACGCCGCUGUUUGGCGCGGUCUUUACUCAGAACGCGUGUCCUGGAGCGCCGAUCAAGGUCGGACGCAAGCGGCUCGCCGAGGACACGUUGGGCGCGAUCAUCGUGAAUAACAAAAUCUCCAACGUGUGUGCGAACGGCGGUGGCGUCAGCGACGCGCAAGAAGUGUGCGAUGCUGUUGCCCAGCACUUGGAUCUGCGCGGGUCCCAAGUUUUGCCGAGCAGUACGGGUGUGAUCGGGUGGCGGCUUCCCGUCGAACCUAUCCUCCAUGCGUUGCCAAACCUCGUCGAGUCGUUGCAAGACACGUCCAUCUUGCCUGCUGCGGCUGGGAUCAUGACCACGGACUUGUAUCCGAAGAUUCGAUCGGUCGACGUGUGCGGCGGCCGCAUUGUCGGCAUCGCCAAAGGCGCGGGGAUGGUCGAGCCCAACAUGGCCACCAUGCUGUCGUACAUCCUCACAGACUUGGCCGUGCCGCGGGACUUGCUCCGCCGCCUCCUCGCCGACGUCGUCGACAAAACGUACAACUCGAUGAGCGUCGACACGGACGAAAGCACGUCCGACACGCUUGCGAUCGUGUCGUCCGGUGAGAUUCCGUUUGAUGUCGAGCACUUGGACGAGUUCCGCGCGGGCCUGUACGACGUCUGCGCCGGUCUUUGCGAAGACAUCGUGCGCAAUGGCGAAGGCGCGCAUCAUGUCAUGCAAGUCGUGGUCAAAGGCGCGAUGGACGAAGUCCAGGCCAAGGGGAUCGGCAAGUCGAUUGUGAACUCGCCCUUGCUCAAGUGUGCCGUCGCGGGGAAUGACCCGAACGUCGGCCGCCUCGUGAUGGCGGUCGGCAAGUACAUGGGCAAGCACUACAAGGGGGUGAACGUCGCGGAAAGCAUGACGAUCAGCAUGGGCGGGCUGCGCAUCUUCGAGUUUGGCGAGUUUACGCUCAACGGGUACGGUCAGCAGUCGCCGCUCGUUGGAGUGUUGUCGAUCGCCGUCAUGGCGAUGUUUGCAGGGAUGUUGAGAAGGAACUCGUGCAGCACAUGAAGAGGGCGCAGCUGACGGAAUCCACUCGCGGCGGGGUCGACCACACGUCCCGCGAUUACCCCCCGCAUGACCACAUGGUGGAAAUUGAAGUGGACGUGGGUCUUGGCAGCGCGUCGGCCAAAGUGCUCGGCAUCGAUCUCACCCACGAAUACGUCGCCAUCAACGCAGACUACCGCUCGUAGAGACGCCAAUCGCUUUCGAUGUGUACAUGCAGCGUUUUGUAUUCAUUCUCCACCAUGGCAAGCAAACCAAGCGGUCCCCGGUUGACAUGAGCUUCUAUCUCUCUCUGCUGGGACUCAGUGCCGAUAGAUGAAUCGUGGACACAGCGACGAGGUUCGUCGCGACAUUCGUGACAGCCAAAGGCACAUUGUGCUCUUUUGUAAGGUUUACCACCUCC